CAUUGCAGCUAAUCGAACACACAUUACACACAUACACAACAUAGACUUCUGGAACACCAGUUUUCUGAUCCCUAGUGUACACACACACACACACGCACACACCGCAGUAGAAAGCCUACGGGUGGGUUUGAUCUUGGAUUUUGUCAUUUCUACUAGGAAAUACCCAGGGACACACUGAAGGAGUGUUUUCUCCCCAACUGUCAACUCUGCCUCCUUUUCCCCAUCUUCUCUGGAAGAGAAUGCGUCCCGCCUUCCAGAUCACUUGUAUACUACUCUCUCUAUUAUGUUUGCCCCUCCGGAUCCAGCUCAACGGUGAAAACCAGAUCAUGGGAGAGAGACAGCAAGCUGCUGGCUCCGGACUCUGAGCAUUUUGCUGGGAGACCACAUGCCCGGGCUUCCAAUUCGGUGGCCCGCUGCUCCCUGCUCCUCCUCAUCUUUGAGAAGCAAAUAGCCUGCACCAGGGAGUGUAUGCAACUUCUGCUAACCCGAGAUCAGGUUUAAAUGGUCAAUUGGGCACGUGGUGACUUAUCAGAGAAACCCAAAAUGAAUAAUUCAACAAGCCCAAACUCCACUAACAAUGGAAUGGCUCUUGCAAGUCCAUAUAAAACAGUAGAAGUGAUAUUCAUUGUACUGGUAGCAGGAUCACUCAGUUUGGUCACCACCAUUGGAAAUAUCCUGGUCAUGGUCUCCAUUAAAGUCAAUCGCCACCUCCAGACUGUUAACAAUUAUUUUUUGUUCAGCUUGGCAUGUGCCGACCUCAUCAUAGGCGCCUUCUCCAUGAACUUAUACACUCUCUACACUGUGAUUGGCUACUGGCCCUUGGGGCCUGUGGUGUGCGACCUUUGGCUAGCCUUGGACUAUGUUGUCAGCAAUGCCUCUGUUAUGAACCUACUCAUCAUCAGCUUUGACAGAUACUUUUGUGUCACCAAGCCACUAACUUAUCCAGUCAAGAGGACCACCAAAAUGGCAGGCAUGAUGAUUGCAGCUGCCUGGGUCCUCUCCUUUGUACUGUGGGCACCUGCCAUUCUCUUCUGGCAGUUCAUUGUAGGGGUAAGGACCGUGAAGGAUGGAGAGUGCUACAUUCAAUUUUUCUCCAAUGCUGCUGUCACCUUUGGCACAGCCAUUGCCGCUUUCUACUUGCCUGUGAUCAUAAUGUCAGUCUUGUACUGGCACAUAUCCCGAGCCAGCAAGAGCAGGAUAAAAAAGGAUAAAAAAGAAGCUGUGACAAACCAGGACCCAGUCUCUCCAAGUCUUGUCCAAGGCAGGAUUGUGAAACCGAACAACAACAACAUCCCCACCAGUGAUGAUGGGCUGGAGCAUAACAAAAUUCAGAAUGGCAAAGCCACCAGAGAUGCAGUGACUGAAAACUGUAUUCAAGGGGAGGAGAAAGAGAGUUCCAAUGAUUCCACCUCUGUCAGUGCUGUGGCUUCUAACAUUAAAGAAGAUGAUAUAACCAGAGAAGAAAACACAGUUUCCACCUCCCAGGGCCAUUCCAAAGAAGAGAAUUCCAAGCUGACAUGCAUCAAAAUUGUCACCAAAACCCAGAAAGGCGACUGCUGUGCUCCCACCAAUACCACUGUAGAGAUUGUUGGCCCUUCAGGACAGAAUGGGGAUGACAAACAGAAUAUUGUUGCCCGCAAGAUUGUAAAGAUGACUAAGCAGCCUGCAAAAAAGAAACCUCCUCCUUCCAGAGAAAAGAAAGUGACCAGGACUAUCUUGGCUAUCCUAUUGGCUUUCAUUGUCACCUGGACCCCAUACAAUGUCAUGGUGCUUAUAAACACCUUCUGUGCAACCUGUGUUCCCAAUACAGUAUGGACAAUUGGUUACUGGCUCUGUUACAUCAAUAGCACCAUCAACCCUGCUUGCUAUGCUUUGUGCAAUGCCACUUUCAAGAAAACUUUCAAACACCUUCUCAUGUGUAAUUACAAGAACAUAGGAGCCACGAGGUAAAAAGGAUUGAAGAUGAGAGAGGGAAACCAAGGGAUUAAUGAAGAGGCUAGAAGAGGAAACCAUUUCCCAAAUUUUAAAACUAUGCCAUAGCACUUUAUAUGAUUAGUAUGAAAUGUGCAAUCAAGGAAAGCAGUGAAAACAUUCAUGGUGGGGCCUCUGUUCCCCACCCCCCUUGGAGAAUUGCACUUUAAAAAGUUGUUGCAAGAAGGAAAGGGAAGGAGCCAAUGGAAGAUAUGGAUUUAAGUCAAUGUUCCCUGUUUCCUGACAGCAUCACACAGAAGGGCUUUUGUGUCUAUACUUUUGUCUAUUCCUGUAUAAUAGUAAUCAAAUCUCUCUCUUUUUAAAAUUUAAUUGGGAUUAUUUGUUCUAGCGUGUCUAUCUGAGGAUAAUAUACAACAUAUAGUGACUUUUAUUGGAAAUUAGACACUAAAUAUAUAAAUAACAUAAAAAGACGUAGAAAGGAAAGACAAUGGAUAGUGAUGUCAUAUUGAGCAGAUGAUCUGCAAGCAUCAAACUGAUACAAUGGCUUUGUCAGGGUCUUAUAUGGAAAAUUGUUAUGUAACAUGUGCAUUUAUCCAUACCUAUAUCUUUCACUUCUCCAAAAGGAAGCUAAAAAGGGAGAGUCCAAGGUCUUCUUUAUUUUGCUCUGUCAUCAGAGUAGUGUGUUGCUCUGCUCUCUCUUACAUUGUAUCCCUAUCCUAAUAGGGAUGCCCCUAUUAAGUUUUCAUUGAAUUUAGCUACACAGGCAUGGGCAUGAAUAUGGGGGCUCCUUGCUGCUCAUUGUAUCUUUCGGACUCUCUUGAGGUAAGAGUCAAUAGAACUUUAAUUUCUUUGAGUUCUUAUGUGUAAUAUCUCCAACUGAGCUGGAUUUCAUCUCAAUAGCUUCUAAUUUUGUUAAAAAAAAAAACCUGUCCAAGGCAGGAUGGAGAAUCAAAGCCAUCUGCAAAAUGAAGGGUUUCAUCAAAUUAGUCACUAGGCAGUUUGGUUGGAAAUCCCAAAAAGAGACCAGAUCAUUUUAGAAAUGAGGAAAUAGAUAGGGAAAAUUGAGGAUAGAGCAAGAGAAGACUAUUUCCAAUAGAUAUAAACAUCCUGUUCAGGAUCUGCCUGACAUGAGAAAUCUUAACCUAUAAAAAGAUGAAUUCUUUGUUGGUGUCAGUCAUGAAGAAGACUCCACUUCUUCCUAAACUGAAUUAACAUGGUCACCUCAAAUCUGUCCUAGUUCUAAUCCCAAAAUAAAACAUUUCUAAAGUCCUUCUUAUCUGCAAAUGCCCAUCAUCAUAUUAAAUAGAGUUGGGGUAUUCAUUUGUUAGAUUAAAACCCAGAAUGAUAUAAAUAUUUGAUUCAGCCCAUGAAAAUGGAAAAGAUAAGAUAAGUUCUAUUCUAGCCCCACUAGUAGCAUGUUAAACAUGCUCCAAACAAUCAAUUCCUUCUACAUUCUCUCAACUACCUAGUUCUCUUAUCCAAAGAAUAAUUAUAGUCUUUGUGUUGAUAACAUGGAUUAUAAUCAAAUUGAGGACAGAAUGAAUUCAGAAGAAUCUGAUAAAUAAAUGUAGGUGGGAUUUUCCUGUUUCAUCUUCUCACUACGCCCAGAGUUUUUGACAUAAACAAAGGCAGAGCAGGAAUUUAGUUGUCCAGAAUUUCUGCACAUAGCAUCUCUCCCAUUAAAAUUUCUGGAUGUUAAUCCAAAUAUAUUUAUUUACCUUUGUGUUGACUACUAUUAGCAUAAUAUGAACUUAACCCCCAACUUUUUCCUCAUUUCAUGUAUGAUAGUUUUUCAAACCAAGCUUUGGAAGGAUAGCCUUUUAAAUUGCAGAGUAGUUUCCAUUUUAAGAUACAUAUUUAGUGUUGAAUUUUGCUGAGUUUUACAUUCUUGGAGUAUAUCAAAUAAUGAUAACUGUAGCUUCUGAUAGAAUGAUGGUGAAACAUUCAUGUAAAUCAUAGUACACCCACGUGAAAUACAGACUUACUUUUGAGAUGCCUGACUAUAUACACUAAUCAGUUUAACUGUUAUUUUUAAAGCAACAACAACAAAAAGAAAAGAAUCUCAUUACUUGAGUAAGUAGACUUUCCAAAGUAACUACUUGUUUGAUAUCAACUUUUCUCUUAAAAAAAAAAAACUGUUUGUAUGUGUCAGCAUAAACAUUUAAGUAAUGUAGUUUCCAUCACCAUGAUGAUUCAAAGUCAAAGUUUCAUUCUCUGCUUCAAUUUAUUCAAGAUGUAUCUAGAAACAACUGAUGUAUAAAAUGAAAAAAAAAACCCACAAAUGGACCAACCAGUUGACUCUUGCAAACAAUGCAACAGUUUGGUUGAUUGAUUAAGUAAAUAAUGGAAAAAUUCUGCAUUCAAAGGUUGAGGAUUCAAGGUUCUGGAUAUCAGGGGCAGCUAGGUGGCAUAGUGAAUAAAGCACUGGCCCUGGAGUCAGGAGGACCUGAGUUCAAAUCUCAUUACAGACACUUACUAGAUAUGUGACCCUGGGCAAGU